GAUUCAAGCGAACGAAUUAUAUUUAUUUAGUCCCAAUUUCAACCUUUCUGACUACAAUCCUGGUUGAUAUACCAAAUUUUUCCAAUUUUAUAGCGAUAUCGGGCAAGGCUGAUAAAAAAAGGUUACAGUAGCGUUUAUCGAAUGAUUCGAUAGCACUUGGUAUUUCAUGCUGAACCUCUGAUUGACUCCUCCAGUCUCGAGCUUCUAAAAACCAUCUUGAUAAAAAAAAUGAUUACCAUAAAAGUACCCUGUUCCUCUGCGAACAUUGGCCCCGGAUUCGAUGUCAUAGGUCUCGCCCUUUCCAUAUGGCUCGAGUUACACGUCGAAGUCAAUACAUCGGUUACAUCUGAAGCACCUCUCAACUGCAAAAUUACAUAUGAAGGACAAGGCGCAGAAGAGGUUCCUUUGACUGCUGAUAGUAAUCUUAUCACACGAACUGCAUUAUAUGUUUUGCGAUGUCAUGGCCAGAGAAGCUUCCCUUCCGAAACAUCGGUUCAUAUCAUCAAUCCUAUUCCAUUAGGACGCGGACUUGGAUCAUCUGGUGCCGCAGUGGUAGCUGGUGUUGCGCUGGCCAAUGAAGUCGGAAAGCUGAAGUUAACUAAAGCUAGGAUGUUGGACUAUUGUCUCAUGAUAGAACGACAUCCAGACAACGUAGCCGCAGCAUUGUACGGAGGGUUUGUAGGAACAUACCUCAACGAACUCAGCGCCGAAGAUACAGAACGCAAAGAGAUUCCACUCAGUGAAGUUCUCCCCGAACCUGCUGGAGGUGUAGAUACUGGAUCCAAUCCUCCCGAACCACCAGUUGGAAUCGGGCAUUACAUGAAGUUUCCUUGGGCCCCCGAAAUCAAAGCCAUCGCAAUCAUUCCACAGUUCGAGGUCGCAACCGCAAAAGCUAGAAGUGUCCUACCAUCUUCGUAUUCCAGGUCAGAUGUAGUAUUCAACCUUCAGAGAAUUGCUCUUCUACCUUCAGCGCUUGGAAGAUCACCACCUGAUGCAGAGCAAAUCUAUCUUGCAAUGCAAGACAAAGUACAUCAACCUUACAGGAAAGGUUUGAUACCAGGCCUCCCUGAGAUCCUACAGUCUGUCACUCCUAAAUCUCAUCCCGGUCUAUGUGGAAUCUGUUUAUCUGGAGCCGGUCCAACUAUUCUUGCGCUUGCAACAGAAAACUUUGAUGCAAUUGCGAAUGUCAUUUUAGAUACUUUUGCAAAGAACGAUAUCAAAUGCGAUUGGAAAUUGUUGGAGCCCGCGCAAGACGGAACAACUGUUACAUACAGCUGAAAAGGCGUCGAAAGAAAAAUUGUUUCGUCUUUUAGAUAAAAUUUAGAAAGACUCGAGGAGAUCUCAAGGCACACAUAUACUACCUUGCUGAACAAGCCAGGUCUACUGUUAGAGAGAAGCAAAUAUUUACUUCACCUAGUAUAGAACAUCA